AUGGACCACAGCCACCACAUGCACGCCAUGGAGGGCCACGAAGGCCACGGCGGCCACGGAGGCAUGGAGGACAUGUGCAGCAUGAACAUGCUCUUCACCUGGGACACGACCAACCUCUGCAUCGUCUUCCGCCAGUGGCACGUCCGCUCCACCGCGUCCCUCGUCUUCUCCCUCAUCGCCGUCGUGCUCCUCGGCAUCGGAUACGAGGCUCUUCGCUCCGUGUCCCGUCGCUACGAGGCUUCUCUGGCGACCCGACUGGAAACUGUUCCUAGGCAGAACCGCGAAACCGUCAGCAAGCGAGGCCACGUCAUCAAGGCGACGCUCUAUGCCAUCCAGAACUUCUAUGCCUUUAUGCUCAUGCUCGUCUUCAUGACUUACAACGGCUGGGUCAUGGUUGCCGUCUCGUUGGGUGCCUUUGCUGGCUACCUCUUGUUUGGUCAUUCCACGUCGGCGACAAAGGACAAUGCUUGCCAUUAG